AUGGAUGAUAAUAUUUGCCAUGAUAGAUCACGUAUUAUCUUGAAUGAGUACGCCGAAACAGUCAGUAUUGCCAAAUUUCUUGUGGAAGGACAAAACACUCAUACCGAAUUUAUACAUCUUCUUGAUAUAAUGGAAAACAUACGUCAAAACUGGAAUGCAGAAAAAUUAAGAGCAGACGCUUUACAGGAACAGAUGAAUACUCGAGAAUAUGAUUAUAGUGGAUUGCGACAGGAAAAUCGAAUAUAUAAAGAACAGCUGCGGGAUGCACGUGCUCAAAUUGCUACAUUGAUGUCCGAUAAACAAAACUUAGAGCGUGAUAUGGUUGAACUUGAAAAAAAAUUUGCAUUAGUCAAUGAACUGCUGAAGAGUGACCAGUCAUUGCUGAAACAAGAAGACCGACAGAAACUAUCAUCGUUUCGUAAGCCAAUUAUGAUAGAAGGACAAACGCAUCAUGCACGUCGUGGUGUUUCACGUACGCUUUCACAUGGCGAAGAUAUUGAUUAUGACAAGACGGGUGACUGCAUGGAUAUUUCAUACGACGACUCUGAUGAAUCGCAUUUACGGAAUGGUAAAGUGCAGAGAAGAUCACGAAGUUUAGCUGUUCUUCCAAGCAGUCAUAAUUCUGUAGCUACUAUGAAGCGUUCCAAAGAAUCCAAAAGAAUGAAUAUUGUUGAGGAAGAAAUGGGCACUCCUUGCAAACGGUCAAAAGAUGGGACUGAAAUUAGUACCUCAUGCAAACGAUCAAAAGAUGGAACUGAAACAAUCAUUACCACUACAACAAUAACUGUAGAUUCAAAUGGGAGAAAACCACCAACAGCUAGUGUCUCACUUCGACGUUCUAAUCGAUCAAUGUCAGAAUCAAAUAUUCUGAAUCAAAACGAAGAAACCAAAGCUGAAUCGACAACAAAAUUUAGUGCAGUCACACCACGGUAUGGAGCCAGUGCUCUUGACCUACAUACUCCACAUACUGCGGUUAAAACUUGGACUAAUGGUUCUUCAAUCGAAACUCGACCACAUACUUUUGCUAAUUUUACAUCGAUUCUUGGUGAUCGCUGUGAAAUAUGCAAUCGUUGGAUUGGGCUCGCUGGAAAAGCGGCUUACAAAUGCACAGAUUGUGGAAUUCGUUUGCAUAAAUUGUGCACAAAAAAUGCUCCGAUUCCGUGCGUACCACGAACAGCAACACCUCGAACUCCCGGCAAGCAGCGUCCUCGGUUGAAAGAUUUUUGUCCAUCAAUUCAACCGAUGAUUCCGUCUCUCAUCAUACACUGCGUCCUGGCUUUAGAUAAGGAUCGUUUGAACACAGAAGGUAUUUAUCGAAUUCCCGGACAGGAAUCGCAAAUUGUUAAAUUACUAAAUGAAUUUAAAAACGGUCGCUCAUUGCCCAAAUUAGAAUAUCAUGACACAGAGACAAUCACUGGUUGUAUAAAACGCUUUCUGAGGGAAAUAAGGGAUCCAGUAAUCCCGAUGUCGUCUUGGGAUGAAUUUAUAACUGCAGCUGAACGUGAUGAUUUCGAGGCUUUGAAUCGCUCAGUGAUGGAUUUACCCUUUCCAAACAGAGAUACUCUCGCAUUUCUUUGCUCUCAUUUCCAACGGGUUUGUGAUAAUCGUUCACGAAACAAGAUGUCUCCAGAGGUUCUAGCUCGCUGUAUUGCUCCAACAAUUAUUGGCCACCCUCCAUCACGCGCCACAACCAUAGCACAGAAUGCUGACGAUGUAGCAAAACAGAUUAUGGUAUUGUUGGCUUUGCUUAAAAUGCCACAAGACUAUUGGCCAAAGUUCUAUGCAUUUGGUCAAGAAAAAUCUCUGCUCAAAACUCCUACAAGUGGAUCAACAGCAAUAUUGAUUUGCAAUAAGGAAAGUAAGACUCCAGUUCGACCUUCAUUUAAAGUCUCGAGAAAGAAUCCGAACAAAUCGAUGCUAGAACCAGUUCAAAUGUCACCAACUGGAAACCAACCAAGAGAAUUUCAGCCUUUGUGGGGUAAACGUGGGAAGGUUUUUGUCGAUACUAAUUUCUAA